AAAUUUCACCCGGAAGCCACUGCUAUUGAAAAACAUAUAUCAAUGUUCACUGCAUAAAACAGAAAGGUAUUUCCCCAAAUUCCGAACAUACCUCUCCGUCCACCCCCAUCAUUGGCUUAUUAAAUCGAUCGCAGCGCCAUCUGGGAUGUAUAUAAGGCACACGUGGUUACUGUUUGAAAUCUUAGAAACAACAUUGCACAGGACACCGAGACACACUUCUCGACGAACAUUUAUAGAGUCAAAUUACAAUAAUUCUACAGCAAUAUAACGAGAACAGAGAUGAGGACAAUUAAAGAAAUCGGAUUGCAACUAUUUUGCCUAUCAUUAAUGGUAGUUUAUAGCGACCAGGCAGGAUGUGGUGGUAAACCUGCUGAUGUCGUAUUCCUGGUUGACAGCAGUAAUAGCAUAUGGCCAGAAGACUUCGAAACCGUCAAAGAAUUUUUAAAGGGACUGGCGGCGGAAUUUCAAAUAGGACCAACUAAGACCCAAAUUGGCUUGGCGACAUUUACAGACAGGACUCGUCGUUGGUUCGAUCUUAAUACUUUUAAGACCAAAUUCACCAUCAACCAAGCUAUCAACAGCGUCAGGCAACUACAGGGGGACACUGGUACACAUAUCGCCAUCAAGUACAUGCGCAAGAGGAUGUUCUCUAAGAGAAACUCGGGCGGUCGUAAAGUUGAUAAAAUCGCCAUUGUCAUCACUGAUGGUAAAUCCCGUUUCCCACACAAGACCAUAAAAGAGGCGAGACUUGCACGAAAAGCGGGCAUAUUUAUGUUCGCUAUUGGUGUUGGACAAGACGUCUCAAACCAAGAGCUCAAUGCUAUCGCUAGUGAACCAUCAGAAAACUUCGUGUUCAAGGUGUACAACUUUAGGGCCCUUGAUAAAAUCAGAGAAUUGCUUGCUAUCAAAGCAUGUGAAGUAUCAACAGCAGCACCUACCACGACUACUACUACUACAACAACAACACCAAAACCGAUUACAACAACCUCCACCACACCAAAACCGAUUACAACAACCUCCACCACACCAAAACCGAUCACAACAAGCUCAACAACCUCCCCAAAACCAACAACGACGACGACAACGACUCCACGUCCAACAACAAUUGAUAACAAAAUUGAUGACACUGACAAGAAGAACAAAAAUAUAUACAAUAUUGAUGGUAACAUUAUCAACCCAUUCGAUCCAUAUUCAGAACAUAAUGCUGAACAUAACGAAGAUCAUACAGGACCACAGAUGGGACAUAAUGAUAGACACAUCGACUGGAGAUCUGGCAACCCUGAGGAAGAUGGUGUCAAAGACAAACUCCCCGAAGUUGAUAGUCGUGACACAUUCCCUCCACCUCCUACCAUCCAGCGUAACAGAUUGCUCCACAAGCUUAGAUUUGCUACAAGUACUACAGCUCGUCCCAUUUACAAAUUACCUAACAUCCCAGAUACAGCAGGGCUUGAAGUCGGAAAUGAGCGUGAAUUCAAUGGAAACCCUAUUUACAAGUAUGGUGGUGACUCAGAUUCAGAUGGUAACAAAGAAGGCCCUGAUGGUGAUGAUUCUGACAAUGAUAAUAAUAAUAGCAGAGUUAACAAAAAUGGCGAUGAUAAACCAAGGAUCCAUAAGCUUAAUGGAUACUGGGAUGAAAACGGCAUGUUCCACUAUAACCAAAAACCAAGAAACAGACGACCUGGUAGCAAUUUGAAUGGUGGUAACAAUAAAAUUACCCCUGGUGGCGACAGGUAUAAAUUCACUAGUGGAAGAACAGAAGUAGAUGACAUUGAUCCUUGGCGCCGCCCUAGUGCCAGACGAGGAAUGCUUCCAGAUGGAACAUGUGAGAUCACCUCGCCUACGGAUGUUGUGUUCCUCCUUGACAAUAAGCAGAACCCUGCAAUGACUAAAAAGGCCAUGCGUUUUAUCAAGGACAUUUCCAGCAAAUUCGAUAUAGGGCCUGGGAGACUCCGUGUGGGCCUUGUUCAUGAAUGCAUAGAUCUUUUCGGAGGAUUUGGACUCAAUAAAUUCCUAGACAAAGACAGUCUUUUGGACUCUCUUGAUAGACCCAUCAGGAAUCAGCGAAGUCUCAUGGAAUCUAUGAGAAUGACAUUUGAGCAAUAUGACCCGAGUACAAACCUUUUAGGAAGUGACAAUAAACGCAGAAUUGGAAUUGUCAUCACCGAUAGAGCCUCUGAUAACUUUAUGGAGACUGUAGACCAAGCCCAGAAGGCAAGAAUGUUUGACGGUGUAGAAAUGUAUGCAAUAGGUAUUGGAAGUGGUUAUGACAUUGUUGAGUUGAACUCAAUUGCUAGCUGUCCCUUAGAUCAACACGUUAUACAAUUACCAAGUUUUGAUAGCUUAUCAUUAAAACAUUGGCGGGACUAUUUUGUAAACAGGAUAUGUCAUCCUACUCAAUAUACUCAUUCAUAAUUAUAACUACCAGUCAAAAUCACCAGUCAUCAUCAUUUUCAUCUCAAAAUCAUUUUGUAAAUUAUUCAUUACAUUCAAACUGUGAUAUCACAAUAUCUAUGCAAGAUCUGAAACUCAUUAUACUGAGCAAAGCAAGCCCUAUUAUGGGCUAUAUCUCAGCAUUACACAUCUACGAGUCGUCAUCAUAUGUAUAUAUUGCAUUCCUUAGUGUAUUUAUUCUCAUCCAUAUAGGAUAUACGUGUAUAUGUGCAUGUGAGGGCCAAUCUGAUUGGUCCUUUAUUAAUUUUAGUUGCUGUUAUGUGACAUCAAAAUUUAUUGGCCAAUUUAAGGCAACCCAAAAAACGUUAAAUGGGUGCGGUGUUGUCAAUAUGAUUAUGUAAAAAAGUUCCUGUCACACAGGUAAAUGAAUAAGACCGAGAGAAAAAUCUCUAACUUACUUUUGAUUUAAACGAAUACUAACCCAACAGCAUUGAAGGAAAAUCAUCCUGACAAAAAAUGUGUGCUCAUUUGACGAAAUCAAUGUUGAUU